CCAGAGGCAGAAGCAAAAGCAAAAGUAAAGCAAAGCAAAAGCAAACCAAAAAAACAAACGCAAAACUUGCCGAGAAAGCGUGCCGCCUGUGUCGACGUCAGCGUAGACGCCACAGCCGCUGCCGGCGGUGACGCCGUCGCGUGUGUGAAAAGCCGGAAAAUUGUUUCAAAAGGCGUUGUCGUCACCAAUACCCUUCCCAGCGCAUUGGCUUAAUUUGUUUAUGCUGAUCUACGGCUAUUUCUAACGCUGUCGCUUUCAAAGUUGCGCCUGUUCUGCGAAUUGGACGAUUUACCUUAUCAACGGCGCCCCCUUAUCAGUCACAUUCUGAUUCAAAAUACCAAAGCACGUACUAAAACCUAAACACAAGCUGUUGCCUCGACGGAAAUAGCAACAAAAUAAAGAGCGCAGCGCAAAUAGACAAGAUAUCUGCAAUAAGGAGCUCAAGAAAAACGCGUCAGCUUUUGGCCCAGCCUAGAAACCCAAAACAAAAUCCAAUCAGGUCCACAAAAUUUCCGCAACAUCAAAGGCACGAAAUUCUGUUUUAGUCAAGCUCAACCUUGAAACUAAAUGAAGCCUGUGUGUGGAACUGUACCAAAUACCGCAACGCUGGAUCUUAGACGACGGCCACAAAUUAGCCAGCCUGCCGUAGACUUGCAAGUUUGAAAUAAUACGAAUUCAGCUUCAGCUUCAGCUACAGCUACAGCUUAGCUUCAGGCCCAACAAAAGCUGAACUGAGUUGUCUUGCCCGUCAAAAGCAAAGCAAAGGCAAAAGUUCAAUCCAUAAAAGCCGCAGGCUGAACAGCUAGCUGAGAGCAACGCGUGCUAUUUUUUUGAGAGCGCCAAAGGAUUCAUUAAAAAACCGCCAACCUGGAACUAAUGGAAUUAGAGAAUAUUGUGGCCAAUACGGUCUACUUAAAAGCGAGAGAAGGUGGUUCUGACAGCAACAAGGGAAAAAGUAAAAAAUGGCGAAAAAUAUUACAAUUUCCACACAUAUCGCAGUGCAUCCACCUGAAAGACAAAUUAGACAUAAGCUAUGGCUACGUGAUAGACCAACAGCCGAUUGGUCGUGAGCUCUUUCGUCAGUUCUGUGAGAACAAGCGGCCCGUUUACUUUCGCUACAUCAGUUUCUUGGAUCAAGUAGUGAAAUAUGAGAUCGAGUUUAUUGUGAAUCGCAUAUUCAUUGGACAUGACAUUGGGCGGCGCUUCUUGGACAUUGAGCCACAGCUGGAGCUGCGCAACGGCGGCAGCGGUGACGGCGAGGGCGAUGGCCUGGACCUGGAGACCCGAGAGGAGCUGCUGCGCAAUAGCAGCAUAGCCAAUGCACCUGAAACAGUUGAGACUGAACAUUGUAACAAUACCACCGCCAACAACUGCAACAAUACCAACCACAAGAAACUGCAGCACGAUACCCACAAUCACAAUGGCGAGGAUGCGGCGCUGGCGCUGAAUGGCGGUGAAGGCGACGUGGAGAACGAUGGCGACGAGGGCGUUGAAUGCGAGGGCAGCCAGGAUGCGAAAAAGGGUGGCGGCGGUGCAUCUGCUACCGGUUCGGGCUCGCCAUCCGAUGAACUGGUCCUCGAUGUGCUCAACGAUGAUCUCAUUGCACAAGUUCGCAGCAAGCUAAACAGCGGCGGCAAGGAUAUCUUUGCCCACUGUAUGAAGGCAGUGAAGGCGUUUCUGGCUGGUGAACCAUUUCGCGAGUUCGAGAACUCCAUGUAUUUUCACCGCUAUCUGCAGUGGAAGUGGCUCGAGGCACAGCCCAUCACAUAUAAAACGUUUCGCAUGUACCGCGUCCUGGGCAAGGGCGGAUUCGGCGAGGUCUGUGCCUGUCAGGUGCGCGCCACUGGCAAAAUGUACGCGUGCAAAAAGCUGGAGAAAAAACGCAUAAAAAAGCGUAAGGGCGAGUCUAUGGUGCUCAUUGAGAAGCAAAUACUGCAAAAAAUCAACUCGCCAUUUGUUGUCAAUCUGGCCUACGCAUACGAAACAAAGGACGCACUCUGCCUGGUCCUGACUAUAAUGAACGGCGGCGAUUUGAAAUUUCAUAUUUACAACAUGGGCGGAGAUCCUGGUUUUGAGCUAGAGCGUGCCCGAUUCUAUGCUGCCGAGGUGGCUUGCGGACUGCAGCAUCUGCACAAGCAGGGCAUUGUUUACAGGGAUUGCAAGCCGGAGAACAUACUGUUAGAUGAUCAUGGGCAUGUGCGCAUAUCUGAUCUGGGCCUGGCUGUGGAGAUACCCGAGGGGGAGAUGGUGCGCGGACGCGUCGGCACAGUGGGCUAUAUGGCGCCGGAAGUCAUAGAUAAUGACAAGUAUGCCUUUUCGCCGGAUUGGUUCAGCUUUGGAUGCCUGCUGUAUGAAAUGAUCGAGGGUCAGGCGCCAUUUCGCAUGCGCAAGGAGAAAGUCAAGCGCGAAGAGGUGGAUAGACGUGUAAAGGAGGAUGCCGAAAAGUAUUCGAGCAAGUUUAAUGAUGAAGCCAAAUCAAUGUGCCAACAGCUGUUAGCUAAAUCGAUAAAGCAACGCUUGGGCUGCCGCAACGGGCGUAUGGGCGCCCAGGAUGUGAUGGCGCAUCCGUUUUUCCACUCGACACAGCUGAAUUGGCGACGCUUGGAGGCGGGCAUGCUGGAGCCGCCAUUCGUGCCAGACCCGCACGCCGUUUACGCCAAAGAUGUGCUCGAUAUUGAACAGUUCUCGACUGUGAAGGGUGUCAAUAUCGAUGAAUCCGAUACGAAUUUUUAUACGAAAUUCAAUACGGGCUCUGUAUCCAUUUCAUGGCAAAAUGAGAUGAUGGAGACGGAAUGCUUUCGCGAGCUGAACGUCUUCGGUCCCGAGGAGAGUCCCACGCCCGACUUGUUGAUCAAUGCCAUACCGGAACCGGACAAGGCAGGCUGUUUUCCGUUCAGGCGCAAGAAGAAGCAACCGGCUCGCACACAACCCAUACCCAUUCCUGAGCACCUGCUAACCACUAGUCACAGCGUGUCAUCCACGACAGUCGAGAGCUGAUAGCAUAGAUUAGUUAAAGCCCAAACGCCUAACGUACACACAUAGAACGAAUUGUGACCCACACGCGCACAAUUAACAUCCAACCCCAAAACCAAUCAAAACCCCAAUUAAGAGCAAAGCGUACAAAUCGCACCACAACUGAAACUCAUUGCAAUACACGAACAACAACAACCAGAACAAUAUGUAUCAGGAGGGCGA